CAACUUCUGGGACGUCACGAACCUCGUUAUCGUCAUCUGUUGGUAUCGGGGCAUUUGUGUUGUUCGCAAAGUUGAUCUGCGACAACAUCUGUCGACUGCUCAGUUACAUAACAACCUAUCUUCUCCCCCCACCCAGGCUGCCAUGUCUGCGCCCCUCUCCCCUUUACCGUCCUCGCGCCAGAACUCGCAAGCCUUGUCGCCGGACUAUGCCAAUCCGACCACCAUGGAUGCCGAUGAGAUCGAUAUGGAUGCGUAUCUGGCAGCGGCCGAUGCGCAGGAAAACAUUCUCUCGAGCCCCCUGAAAGUGGUUGCUGAGGUUGCGGUCCAGGAAGAUCCGAGUCCUGAUGAUGCGUAUGAGGGGCACGAUCAGCUUGUUGAACAUGAAAAUGGAAAUGAAAAUGAUGAUUAUGCCAGCUCGCCACAAGUCGCCCCUAGCUCGCCCUUUCGGAUUGAUGCGAGAGAUGAAACGGUGGACUUUCAGAGGCUGCGAGCUCUCAAUCGGCAGGCCUCGGUAGGCCCAAGCGAACACUCUGCGACUCCCAGGAAGCGCUCCUAUGAACAUGCGCCCGACGAUCUCGACGAUGAGGAUGGUCCCGCGGAUAGACACAAGAAGGGGACUGGACCCAGAGGUGUUCCGGAGAUCACUGUCUACGACGAGGACUGCGAGAUCGCUGGGGAACAGAGAGCAUCAGAAGGUGCUGGCCCGGAAGUUGUCAAUAGUAUGAUGGAAGAGAAACAUAACGAAGGCAUGAGCACUGUUCUCCACGAAAAUGACAACGGUGGCAUGCAGGAAGAGCAGGAGGUUCUCGACUUGCACGACUUGCACGAAGAUGAUGUUAUGAUUGAAGACCCCAAUGAGUCCAUGGACGAGACUUGCCUGAGCACUUUCUCCGCGAUCCCGGAUAUGACUACGUUUGCACAACUACGAAGUGAUUCCCCGUUCAAAGUCAAGCGGCCUCUCCCGAGCAAUCCCGCCAGGCCAGAGGACUCUCUUCGUCAGAGCGUCGAACCGGCUACACCUACUACCGCGAGGAAAUCCCCAAGAAAGAGCACCCUGCUGAGUGAGUUCGGCACACCUAUGGCUUCUCCCACGCCUCGAAGGCGGGAAGUAAGAGACUCAAACGAGACGCCCAAUUUGCUCGACUUGACCGAUCAGCCCAACCUUUUCCCUCGUCACCGCUAUAGCGUACAGAAUGAGCGAUACUCCCCGUCCCGACGGUCACCGUUGCGAGCCGCUAGAGACCCAGCGCGGUCCCCUGGAAAGGUUUCACUCUUGGACUUCGACAUCCCCAGCGCUCCUACACCCCGGUCCAUCCCGACGGUAACACCUCGGGAGCUGGAAUCCUUGAAAUCCGGCUUUCUGUCGGAAAUCUCGUCUCUCAAGGCUACACUGAGUGGGAAGGAGGCAGAGGUUGCUAGUCUCAAGCAGGCGGUUGCAGAUGCGGAGCGGCGUGUUGGGGAGGCAUUGGAAGAGGUCCGUAACGAGAUCGCCCGCGUGGAGUCUCUGGAGAUCGAGCAAGCAGAAUGGCAGCGACGAGGCCAGGAAAUGGAAGCCGUACUUCGAAACGUGAGGGCCGAAAUUGUCGACGGCGAGCAGGAGAAAGACCGGUUGGUGAAGAAGGUGGAUGAAGUGGAGAAGGCCAAGGAGCAGUUGGAAGGUAAAGUGGUGGAAUUGGAGAGUCAAUUGGCUGCUGCGCUGCAGUCUGCGUCCACGGCAAGUGUGCCUUCGGGGAGCACUAUCCACACCAAGUCUCCCGAAGAAACUGCCAAGGAGGUGCAGGAUGCUGUUGAGAAAGUUGCACGUGAGCUUCACACGUUGUACAAGGGCAAGCACGAAACGAAAGUAGCUGCCUUGAAGAAGAGCUACGAGGCUCGCUGGGAAAAGCGCUUGCGCGAGGCUGAGAAUAAGUUGGCGACUGCCAACGAAGAAAACGAGCGCCUGAGAACGGAGCGGGAUGCGACUGUGCCAGAAGCUCCGCGUAUCGACACCAGCCUGAUUUCCCAAGAACGCGAUGAACACGAGGCAGAGAAACGCGUGCUAGAGGCGCAGAUCAAAGGCCUGCAGCAAGAAAUGGCAGCUCUCAAGAACGACAGCGAGAAUUUGCGCACUGAAUUGAAACAGGAGCGAGCAGAAAAAGGCGAUCUGGUGGCCGCCGUGGAUGAAUGGUUGUCUAUUCAGCAGAAUCAACCACCGGCGCCUAGCGCCUCCCAGUCCUCUCCAGAUCAAGAGAUCGAGUCGCCAGAGCCGGUGCCGGCCGCAACAGAAGCGUCCUCCGAGAACUUCCAGCGGAGUGUUAGCCAUUCCAGCACCUCGAGCGGCAUUCGCCCCCCGAGCACGACCUCCGCCCCUGGCGAGAAGAAAAUCUCCAAGAUAAGAGCCCCUGGGCAACAUCUUCGGGGGACCAGCGGCGGCAAGUCCGGGAUUGCAGUCUUCGGGCCCGGCCGCAGCGGCAUCAUGGGGUCCAUUGAACGAAUGGGCCGUGGUGGUGCUUAACGGAUGCAGAGGGAUUUUGUGUUUUAUUUUGUCUAUUUUCCUUCCUUUUAACCUUUCCUGGUGGCCCUUGUUUCUGUUGCCCCAACGUACCGGUAGUUACUUGUUUGCUGUAUAUUGGUUUGGCUGUUGGCUGGGCACAUAUUUCU